CCCAUCGCUCUUCUUCUUCUUCACUUCACCAAAUUCCCCCCUCAGAAAAUUAAAAAUGGGUGCUGCGGCGGCGAAAAGGUCGCUGCUGCUAGCGGCGGCUCUGAUUAUCGGAGUAAUCGGGGGAGCGGCGGCGCAGAACUGCGGGUGCGCGGCGGGGCUGUGCUGCAGCAGGUUCGGAUUCUGCGGGACCGGAGAAGAUUUCUGCGGGAGCGGGUGCAGGGAGGGGCCUUGCAACAUUCCGCCGCUGAGCCCUAGCGUGAACGACGUCGUCGUGGCUGAUUUCGUGACGGAGGAGUUCUUCAACGGUAUAAUUAACCAGGCCGACGCGGGGUGCGCCGGACGGGGAUUCUACAGCAGAGCAACUUUUCUUCAGGCUCUCCAAUCGUUCGAUAGAUUUGGACGGAUUGGAUCUGUUGACGAUUCUAAAAGAGAAAUUGCCGCCUUCUUCGGCCACGUCACUCACGAGACCGGACAUUUUUGCUUCAUAGAAGAAAUAAAUGGGCCAUCGGGGGACUACUGUGACGAGGAAAAUACCCAAUACCCAUGCAACCCGAGCAAGGGGUAUUACGGGCGCGGCCCGAUCCAGCUAUCGUGGAACUUCAACUACGGUCCGGCCGGAGAGGCCAUCGGGUUCGACGGUCUAAACAACCCGGAAAUCGUCGCAACCGACCCGGUCGUCUCCUUCAAGACGGCGCUGUGGUACUGGAUGAGCUUCGUCCGACCCGUUAUCAACCAGGGCUUCGGAGCCACCAUUCGGGCCAUUAACGGCGCGCUCGAGUGCGACGGCGGUAACUCCGCCACCGUCCAACGCCGGAUCCAAUUCUACACUCAGUACUGUAACCAACUUGGAGUUGCCCCGGGAGAUAAUUUGACAUGUUAGAAUAAUUAAUUAUUUUCAGCUUUGUAUUGUUAAAGUAAAGAAUAAACUUCUGGGAGUUGCAAUUUUCUUUUUUCUUUUUUCAUGCAAUAUAGAUUCAUAUGAGAUGUACUGAUGUUUAA